AUGCCCCGCGACCGCCGCAUCCAGGUCAGUGUCGCGCUUGUCUACUACCGUUCCCAAGUAUUCCUGAGCCGCCAUGCCUCGGGUCCCUAUAAGUCGUACAAUCCCUCCGAGUUUAAUGACGAGGUGGAAGAAGUAGAGGGAGUGGGUAGGACUGAUUGUUUGAGAAUUUGCGCAGAUUGA